AUGUUGGAUGAAAUUCCCCUCGAAGAUCAGUAUGUCUUCACUUCACUGCGCUAUGAUGGCUCGAUGAAGCGCAAUGCCCAAAACCCUGUGUGUUGUCCGGACUCCAAGGCCGCAUAUCUCAUCAAAUAUCACUAUGAGCGUCUCGUCACUGCAGCCGAUCAUCUGGGCUGGUACGACACGAAUAAGAGGCUGAAAGGCCCCGUUGAUCUGUUCAAUCGCAUCCAGACCGCUGUCGCCGAACACAAGAAGAAGACCGGCAACAAAUGUCCAUUCAAGGUUCGAGUAUGCUUGCGUCACAGCGGGAAAAUGGAGAUUGGAGUUGAGCCAAUCAUGGCCAUGAAGCAGCCACUUUUGUUCCCGACCACAUUGGAUCUGGGCAAGUCAAAUCAGGAGGCGGCCUCUCCAACACCCAUCUUCAAGGCCGUACUGGAUGUUCUGCCAACGCGGACUACGACUUUCACCCGUGCCAAGACUCACUACCGGACAAUGUACAACUAUGCCAGGCAAUGCGCUUCAAUUCAAUCAUAUCAGGAUGCCAAGGAAGUAAUUUUGUUUAACCGCGACAACCAAGUCAUGGAUGGAUCUAUUACAACUCCUUACUUCUACCGUGAUGGCAAAUGGGUGACCCCACAUACAGAUUGUGGAGGUCAACAAGGAACUACUCGCCGCUGGGCUAUCGAUCAAGGCAUCUGUCAUGCUGGCAUUGUCGACAUUGCUUCCAUCAAGCAUGGAGAAAUCAUUUGGCUUAGCAACGGUGUCAAGGGAUUCUUCACUGCUCGCUUCGUCGCCUGCAACGAUCGCCUUGCUCGCACUCCCAGUUAUGAAUCUCGCAUCUCCCAAGUUUCCCGCAGCGAUAGCGGGAUCGAGGAGAAGCACACUAUCCCUGCUCACCAGGAUGAAGUCGCCGAAGACGACAUUGAACCAGGACGUCUCAAAUACGCCCCUGAACCCGGAGCCGACGACUUCCGAAACUCUGCUUUCAGUCUCGAUGUCUUUGAGCGCGCAUUGAAGCUGUAA